UGCAGUCCCUUGGAACGCGAACACGCAAGCGGGAUCGGUAGGGCGCGGAUCGCAGAAAGAGCUGACGGCCAGAAAUGACUUCUCCUGCGGCCGGAAAGCUCCGCCUCAGUUUUCUUUGUUCCGGGGACCCCUAACUCUUCCCUGCUUGCUCUGCGGCGGGACCGCGGAAAUAGCGACCGCAGACCCGUCCGCUAGAGAAACUUCAGGAUGGUUCGUGCUAAGAGCUGGACCCUGAAGAAGCACUUUGAAGGCAGCCCUACUCACAGCAACUUCGAGUUAAAGACAGUUGAACUCCCAUCCUUAAAAAAUGGAGAGGUCCUGCUGGAAGCUUUGUUCCUUACUGUGGAUCCUUAUAUGAGAGUGGCAUCCAAAAAAUUGAAGGAGGGUGAUGUGAUGAUGGGGCAGCAAGUGGCCAGAGUUGUGGAAAGUAAAAACUCAGCCUUCCCAGCAGGCGCUCUGGUAGUGGCUCGUUCAGGCUGGACGACGCACUCUAUUUCUGAUGGGAAAGAUCUGGAAAAGCUACCCGCAGAGUGGCCGGACACCAUCCCAGUGUCUUUGGCUCUGGGAACAGUGGGCAUGACAGGGCUAACAGCCUACUUUGGUCUACUUGACAUCUGUGGUGUGAAGGGUGGAGAAACAGUGAUGGUUAAUGCAGCGGCAGGAGCGGUGGGCUCUGUGGUGGGGCAGAUAGCUAAGCUCAAGGGCUGUAAAGUUGUUGGAGCAGCAGGGUCUGAUGAAAAGAUUGCCUACCUUAAAAAGCUUGGAUAUGAUGUUGCCUUUAACUACAAAACAGUAGAGUCUUUAGAAGAAACUUUGAAAAAAGCCUCUCCUGAUGGUUAUGAUUGUUACUUUGAUAACGUAGGUGGAGAGUUUUCAAACAUUGUUAUUCCCCAGAUGAAGAAAUUUGGAAGAGUUGCUAUAUGUGGGGCCAUCUCUACAUACAAUAGUACUCGCCCGCUUCCUCCAGGCCCACCCCCAGAGAACAUAAUCUAUCAGGAGCUCCGCAUGGAAGGGUUCAUCGUCACCCGCUGGCAAGGAGAGAUCCGCCAGAAGGCUCUAAAAGACUUGCUGCAGUGGGUCAUGGAGGGUAAAAUCCAAUACCACGAAUACAUCACUGAAGGAUUUGAAAACAUGCCAGCUGCAUUUAUGGGAAUGCUGAAAGGAGAUAAUUUGGGAAAAACAAUAGUGAAAGCAUGAACAAAAUGACACAUGGAAUCUAGCAUUUGGAUGAUUAAUUUCUUUUUAACCAUUUAGUAAAAAUGUGUAUUACCUUCAUUAUCUAAGAAACAGUCAUUGUGAUGAGUUUGAUCUACCUGAUAAAACACAUUUAACUGGUA